UCGAGUGUGAAAUCUCUUCUGCUCCGACGGUGACCGGAGAAAACGCCGAUGACAUUUCGAGGACCGACGAACAAAAUGUUUUCAUUCAAAGUAAUGCUGAUAUCCACUAGUGUCUUGUCCGCCGCGAUUAUGCUGAAAUUAUCAGUUCCGGCGAUAACGGAUUUUGCUGUUUAUGAGGUGCCUUCGAUCUACAACGGCGUCGUUUCGUGGCUCCGGCCACCGUAUCUGUACCUCCUGAUUAAUUGCAUCAUCAUCACUAUCGUCGCCUCCUCCAAGAUCCAGUUGAGGAAGGACGAUUCGUCCGCAACGCCGACCCAGGCCAUGGCUGCAGAUUCAGUACAUCCAUUGCCGGUACCGCUGCUCUCUGCGAAAAACGUUGAAACGGAAUAUCAUACAUACGACAGUGGAGUGCAGAGCGAUUCCUGCGUGUAUCAACUCGAUGUGCAAAAACGAUUAGAUCUCGACGCCUACGAGCGCGUGGAGGCAAGGGCGGGCGCCGAAAAUGAACAAUCGGCGUUCGUCGUUCGUGCGGCGGACGGAGGUGCUGCGUUUGCGGAGGAUGCGAUGAGCAACAAGGAAAACGAGUAUGUUUUCAGUAAAUCCUCAGCAAAUACGGCAAGGAACGAGAAUAUACCGGCGGAAUAUUCUCCGUCGAAAGUGAAACCGCCUGUGUCUGCGAGAUUCGUUCACCGGAGGAAUGUCAAAGCCAGUCCUGAAGGAGGCAAGACGGUGUUGGGAGUAUCCAAGCCGAAGAGGAACGACACUCUGGAGAGCACGUGGAAAGCCAUAACCGACGGCCGCCCAAUCCCUCUGACGAGGCACCUGAAGAAAUCCGACACGUGGGAGCGGGAGCACGUGGUCCGGCGGCAGGAGAAGACGAUGGGGAAGGCGGCGACAUUCAGCGCCGCCGCCGGAAGUCCAUCUCCGCCGGGGAAAUUGAGGAGAGAGGCGUCGCUGAGCCAGGACGAGCUCAACAGGCGAGUUGAAGCCUUCAUUAAAAAAUUCAACGAGGAGAUGAGACUGCAACGGCAAGAGUCCCUUAACCAGUACAAACAAAUGAUCAACCGCUGA